UGCGUUAUUUACCUCAAGGGCCUUGUCGGCUCCCACUAGGUGAAUCAUCGUUCACGCCUGUGCUUCACCAUGGACCCCUCUAAACCAUUUGGAGGCCUUCGAAGCCAUUUACUGAAUUUCAAAACACUCCUCAUUCAUCCCAAUCAAAGCAAUUGACUUGCCAAGUCUGCUUCGCUUUUUCUUGACCACGGUUCUAUAUUUAGCAAACAUUGCUCAGCUUCGGCAAAAGGACGUCUGUGUGGUCAAAAUGAGCCCUCAAAACAUGAACAAGAAGUCAUGGGAGUCUCUUUCUUCGACAUUCUCUCAGCUUGAAGUAUCGAUCUCUCAUGACAGUUGCUAUGCCUCGGAUGAGGUGUCUGUCACAUCGACCAGCCAAGCUGGUGCGUCGACCUUGGCGCCUACAAGUGGAUCGUCUGUGGGAUCCUUUUUGAAGCCCAUCUUGAAAAGACCGUACUCCGAAAUUGAAGAGUCAGAGACAGAAUCCGAGUCGGGCUAUGCAUCGGAAGCCUCUGAUUCCGACUAUGACGCGAUCUUCGAAGACAGUGAUGACGACGACGAUGAUAUAUACUAUGUCUCUGGGUGGGACAGAGCAUCCAUAAUGUCUGAAUCAUGCGAUGAAGAUGAUGCGGAAUCCUUUGACGGAUCUUUCAUUUCCUUCGGGCCUGUGGUUCGAUUUGACACAAACAUACGCUAUAUCGAUGCGCCAGUCCUGGACGACGAAGGCUCUGAUGCCGAGCUGACAUGUCAUGAGCUGAUGGAACGUGCGCGAGCGUCUGGGACGCUCCGAUUCCAGGAGACAUGCGACCAUGUCGAAGACGUUGAUGACAGUAUGCCCGAGUCAAUGAGACAGCUUCCUGAAGAGCACCCCAGUGAUGUCGUUGACCUGGACAAGAGACUAUUUGUUGCCUACAUGAAUGGCAUGCACGGGAUUCCUGAUCGCAAAUACCGAUCUCGUCUCCACAAUCAGGCCAACGACUUCAGUAUGGGUCGCCUGGACUCGCCAUACCUGGACCUGGACAGUGCCAGCGCCAGUGGGGCCUACUUUGACAACGUGCUGAAUCACGUCAUUGGGCUCUUCCGCAACAUUGUUGCUAAAGAGGAUUUUGGCGAACUUGCCAGCCUUAUCCACGAAGAAGGCGCCUCAGGACACCCUCUAGGUUCCAGCAGAAGUCAGGAGCUGCUGGCCAAGAUUGAGCACAUUCUUGCAGAGAGACUAGCGUGUGACGCCAAUAUUGGGCCGGACGAGCUGAGCUUUUUUGCCAGCGGCGUCGCGUAUGCUUUGGAGAACUGGAGAGACUUCCUGGUCCGGUAGAUAGGUGAUCGUACAGCAUUCUGCUGUGAAGGGAAACGGACUGGAGCCGAGUUCGGCCCAGCAAAAAUUGAUUUGCUUGACAUGAUGCGUGAGAUGCCAGCUGUUUUACAAAAGCUC